AGGCAAACAAACCAGGACCAAACCACCACAAUGUCUCUCUUCCGCGCGGCUCGCCACUUCAGCAGCACCGCUGCCAACCUUGCACAGACCGCCAAGGCACCCAUCCAGCUUUUUGGUAUUGAGGGCCGCUAUGCACAUGCGCUGUACUCUGCCGCUGCCAAGAAGAACGCCCUCGACAGUGUCGAGAAGGAGCUCACCAAGUUCAAGGGCUACACCGAGACCGACACCAAGUUCAACACCUUCCUCAACAACCCCGUCAUCACCCGCUCCCAGAAGACAAAGGUCAUCCAGGAUGUUCUGAAGAAGCAGAAGUUCUCCGACAUUACCGUCAACUUCUUUGCCGCCCUUGCCGAGAACAACCGCCUGACACACUCUGUUGAUGUGAUUGAGGCCUUUGGAAAGCUCAUGGCUGCCACGCGCGGCGAGGUUGCCGCCACCAUCACCUCCGCCGAGGCGCUGAGUGCCAAGCACAAGAAGGCGCUUGAGAAGGCGCUGGACGGCUUCCUCAAGUCGGGCCAGAAGUUCAACCUCAACUACCAGGUUGACGGCGCGCUGCUGGGCGGUGUUGUUGUUGAGAUGGGCGACCGCAUCAUCGACAUGUCGGUCAAGACGCAGAUCAACAAGUACAUCAAGUCCGUCAGCCAGUCCCUCUAAGCCGUCACCUGCACGCGCACGCACCUGUCACACACCUACGCGUGAGUGAGUGAGUGAGUGAGUGAACUCUCGCUCGCGUGAGUGCUAGGGCCUUGUGUGCGUAUGUGUGUGUGUGUGUAUGUGUGUGCGAUCUGCACGUGUGUCUUUAGCGUUGUGUGUUUCUCUGUGCUGUUUGUUGUGUUUGUGGAUGUUCAUUGAGCCGAAGCCAAUUUGACCGUUAGUCGUGUGCAUGUGUGUGCAUGUGUUUCCAUGGAAGUUGUGUGUUGUGCUGUUCAAGCGUCGUUUCGUGUCAUUUCGUUUGUACGUGUGUCGCUGUGUUCGUUUAUUCUCGCACUGUUGUCGUGUUGUGGCCGUGUGAUGAGAAGUAAAACCUCUCUUGUCUCAGUCCAAAA